UAGUUUGUUGCAUGCCUCAGAAUCACAAAAUAGCGGAGUUCUGCUGUUAGUGUCAUCACCAAACUGAACCAUAGACCAUUUUUGAAGAACGUAUGUCCAUAAUACAACGAUGGGCAUCGGCGUCAGUUCGUGCAUCGGCCGCCGGAAGAAGGUAGGCAAGUACCGCGUCAACGAUCCCCGCCGGGCACGCAACGAGUGUCUUGCCACUCUAUCCGACUUUGGAAUGAAGGAUGGGGAGCUGUGUGUCCGGUACAAGGGCUUGAAUCAGCCCCUGCCUCGCCCUCUUGAAGCUCAAGCGAAAAAAGUUACAGUGGCUGCGGAUGAAGUUGAUGCAGUGCCGGGCGAUAACGAGAAGAAUGAAGCGGUGGAGGAGAUGAUGACGUGUCACAAUCAUGGUCCUCUGCCUGCGGGGGUCGACGGCGGCACGGAGGUACCUCAUCCCGACCUACCGAAGGGCGUGACUUGCAUCACGUGUGCGGCUACUAUCAUGGAGAAGGGGCAGGAACAAGAAAUGGGAGAGAAGGUUCUUUUAGAUAAGGACACCGCGAAAGCAACCCAGGAAACAAGAACAGUUGAAGAGGAUAAAGAUGCAGUCACAGCGAAUGCCGAAGACGGAAAACUGACAGAUCAGGGUAAAGAUACGGUUAAAAGUGAUCCCGCAUCGGGCGACAAGACAGCUCGAGGUCCUCGCCGGAGGCGGCGACACAACGCAUUAGACAAAGCCCAUCCUGCGGUGGUGAAAGCUGAAUAAGUCAGGAACCACAAUGCAAUAUUUUCCGAGAUGAAUCGGCUGAUAGUCCUUGACAUCACCAUCUCUUCGAAUUAAAAGGUUCUAAAACCAGUUUACUUUUUCAGUUUUAAGUAUCGUAAGGUAUUAUUAUUGAUGUACACUAGAAUAUACAUCCAUUGUCCAAGUUCGAGGAACGUUCACUUUAAAUGUGUAUAUGCCACCCGUACCGUGCUUUUGAUCAUCCAU